UUGUGACGUCACUACUGUUUGAGGGUGUGUUGCAAGCGGCAGCGAAGGUGUCCAGGCCAAACAGUCGUCUUUUCAACAUCAGCCGGACUAAUGUGGAACCGUUACUAACUUGGACAUGGAUUUCAACUCUUUAUUCAACGAUACAGCUAUUCAGUUUUCGGACUUCCACGAGUUCACGUUUCUUCCUGGACACCAGAAGUUGUCUGAGCGAGUAAGAAAGCGACUGUAUUAUGGCCUGGAUCAAGAUGUGUCCCUUGAAGUUCUCUCCUCCCCAGUGACGGAUAUAGCUGUUGAAAUCUUCCAGAAAAAUGCCCCGAGCCCAAUACGGAAACUACACAAGAAGUAUGCUGCGCAUGUUGCCAGGGAGGCUUGCAUUUCACCAUGUGCCAUGAUGCUGGCUCUGGUUUACAUCGAAAGGCUCCGUCACAGAAACCCUGAAUACCUGCAAAAGAUUUCCUCUUCUGACCUCUUCCUGAUCUCCAUGAUGGUUGCCAGCAAGUAUUUGUAUGACGAAGGGGAGGAAGAAGAGGUUUUCAAUGACGAGUGGGGAACAGCUGGGAAACUGGACGUUAAUACGGUUAACAAGCUGGAGAUGAAUUUCCUGAACGCCAUUGAGUGGAGUCUCUUUACAGAGUCAAAAGACUUCUUUGAUGCCCUGAGCCAACUAGAGACCAGCAUUGCAGAGCGUCAGGGCAUGAAGCGAGGCUGGUUUACCUACACUGACCUAUGUGUGUUACUUGAGCAAUCAACAUGGAGCCAAGCACUUACAGCAAUCUACCAGCACUUUACCAAGGUCUCCUGUAUGCUCGGAUUUUUGUACCUGACGAGUGUGGCUGGCCUCAUUGCCAGCAGCACCGUGCUGCACCAACUCUCUCUCUUUCCAAGCGGCCACACUCUAUUGCCACGCCCCACAAACGUCUCCCCGGCACACUUUCGCACCACAGAAGCUCCCGCCGCACUCCACCACCUCCCCUGUUGCACUCCCACCAACGAGAGUCUGAACGGUCACACCAAAGUGCUUGGAGUGAGCCGACCUCACAGUCCAGAUUCUGUCCAGGCCACCCCAAAGACAUCCAUCGUGUAUCUCUGGAGCUCACUGCUCACCUCCGUGGACUCCACAUGUCCAGAAAUAGAGUCGGAUUCCACAGCUUCCACUUUUUGUCGAGGCUGUCAUAGCAGCCUUCCUCAACCGCAGUGUUUGCUGAGGAACGGCUCGACCGUGUUCACCCAUCAUGCAUCAUGGCUGACCUCCAUCUUCCUUGAAGGCGCUAACUCCAACCUAGCAAUGUUUCCACCUGUGCAGCUGGAACUUAGUCAUCCACAAUUGUUGUUACCUGUAGACAAGACCCAAGCGCUCCUCAUGCCCGGCUAGCAGCCGACAGAUCCAGCUGCUAAAUCAAAGAAAUAGAAAGGAAACCAGCACAGUUUUUAUAACAACCAUACAUUUUUAUUUACAUGAAUCAUAUCUAGAACACACAGGAAGUGCACAUCUCAUAUUUCACUAGUGUGUAAAAACCCUUCAGUCACUUUCUUUGACUGCAGAGAUCAUUAUUUUAAGAGGAUUUGCACUGCUUUUCUUUUGUUGGGCUGCAACUAAGCUAGUUUGCCUGAUAUUUGCUUGAAAAUGUAAGGAUUUUGUGAUGAGUGCUGUGAACGAUCGCCGCUAAAAAGGGUUUAAGUAAGUUGGGUUAAGUGACGGUGCUGGGCGAGAAGAACAAAUAUAACCGACCGGUUUAGUUUCAGGCUUUGUUUUCACUGCAAUACAUUUUUUUCUUGUCACAAACAGGUCACACCUGCACAAGGCUGUAAGCACUGUUCUAAAUAGAAAAGAGACAUGCUAAACCUUAAUGUGUUCACCUUAAUGGCUGCAUACAGAAAUCUUAAAGUGACAGUUUGCAAUUUGCUGUAAGUUAAAUUUUUACGUUUAAGAACACCAGCUAAAUUCUGUUAACAUUUGUAGUUAAAAAAUAUUUUUGGCACAAAUACCAUUUAUAUUGAAUAAAAAAUGUUUGUCGUCCCAGGAUUAAGACUGCCGUUACGUGCACACUCAGAGCGUGUCCAGGGAUGUAACGAUAAAAAAUAUUAAUGAUAACUAAAGAAAAACUCCCGACGUAUAGUAUUGCCAUUUUAAAUGAAAAUGAUUUUAAAAAAAAACGCCAUUGAUAAUUGCUCUUUGGUAAACUCACAGACUAGCUUAAAUGCUAACAUAAAAUCAAGAGACAUUAACGUCUUUCCCCAUUAAGAAACGACAUACCUCAAUCCAAAGACAUUGCUGUCUGCCAAACUAAGCUAUUCAAUUGUGCACAUCGAGCCUACAAACUGUGCUCUCUUAAAACAGAAUGCUCGUUCUAUACUCUAGAGGUUUUUUUUACGGUGCGUUCAAGGACUGCUGAACAGAGUAGGAGGCAACUUCUCCCCACCAGAAAACAAUAAUAGAUUUUAUUUGGUACGUACAUUCAUUUGAAUAAAUCUUACAGUGCUAAUGUACAAACUACUAUUUACAAAAUAAAAGCGGUCAGGUGCAAGCCUGGCUCAGGGAGGAGGAUGCCCCUGCCAUGCAGAGUCCCCAGGGAUUGUACCAUCUAGUCCUUUAAACAAAUACAAAUUCUACAAAAUAAAAGCUUAGCCAUUAAAAAGGAUAUAAUAUGAAGACAAACAUUAUCAGUGAAGCGUAAGAAACACAAACAUGUAAAAUAGUGGGUUUUAUAACAGUAUUUGUUUCGAUUAUUUAAGAAAAAGAUAACUCAGUCAAAAUAUUUCAGUGUGUAAGGGUACUUUUUCUGCACAUUAAACAAUACCACGAUAAUAAUAACCGUGAUAUGAAAUGUUUUUAUGGUUACAUCCCAAAGCACGUCUUCAUACACAAAAGCAGUCCCAGAGAAGCAACUAACAAUUUGCAGUCAUGUUGUUAUGGUGGGAUGUACAUUUCAACGGUAACUAACCUUUGCCAAAUCGCUAUCAUUAGUUGACAACAAAGGGUGGAAUAGAUCGAGAUUAGAACACUUUGGAAAGUUAGCGCCGUUAAGACAUCUGCGUAAGGUUUGCAAACAGUCACAUUAAACCAGUGGUGUCAAACGUACGGCCCGAGGGCCGGAUCGGUCCCGUGAACAGAUUUAAUCCGGCCCAUGGGAUGAGUUUGCUAAGUAUAGAAAUUAACCUGAAAUGUUUUAAUGAAAGAAACAGCUGUUCCAAAUGUGUCCACUAGAUUUCACAAUAGCAAUUAUUUGUAGAUUAUGCUACAUAUGUAAUAAAUAAACCACAUGAUGUGAGUACAUAAGUCGAGGAAAAUUAUCAAACUACAUAAAUAACAUACUGUAAUUUGAUUUUGAUAUAAUUUUUUUGUCUUGAUUAAAAAUUAACACCAAUAAGUUGAUUCAUGAAAAUUAUCACAUAAUUUGUUCAGAAAAUAUAAAUAACAAUUAAAGUAUAUAUACUAUUAACCGCAACAGGUAAUUGUAAAAAAACAA